AGAUAGAUAGAUGAUAUAUAGUUAGAUAGUUAGAAGGGAGCUAGGUGAACUCCGCUAUGGGUAUCUUGACGGAUCCCAACAAUAGACAGAGGACUGCCCUCGGGAAUAUUAUUAUUAAACAUUACAACAAGAUAUCCUGGCUUUCAUACUUUCUAGGUUUGAUAUUUCUAUUUGUUCUCCCACACCCUCUCUACAAUCAUAAGACAUACUUCUCUGAAAACGCUUUACUACCUGGUCUAGUCACUGGAGAGUUCAACGAGCAAAAAGCAGCGCAGAGGUACUAUGAUGACUUGAAGGAAGAGAAUGCUCGUUAUCCCGGUGAAGCUCCAUUUCCUUGGCUUGAAGCACAGUUCAAACAAUUGGGGCUUGAUGUUUACAGACAAACAUUUAGUUUGGAUUAUCCAUUAGCAAACAGCUCUUUCACUGGUAGUAAUGUCUACGCUAUACUAAGAGCACCAAAGGCGGCCAGUACGGAGGCCCUUGUUCUAUCUGCACCUCACAGACCCCCCAACUCCCCACAUCAGAGUACUGAUGGUGGAAUUGCUGCUCUGUUAGCGGUUGCCAAGUUCUUCAGAACCCAGAUCUACUGGGCCAAGGACAUCAUAUUUCUCGUCACUGAGCAUGAGUUUCUUGGAGUUCAGGCUUGGCUGGAAGGCUACCAUGGAGUAGGAUAUGGGGAUGGGAGUAUUAAAGCCGGUGAAUUACCAGGCAGAGCAGGAUCUAUUCAGGCAGCAGUCAACUUGGAGAUAGAUUCACCUGACUUUACCCAUAUCAAUGUCAAGGUUGAAGGGUUGAAUGGUCAGCUUCCUAAUCUAGACCUAGUUAACCUAGUAAACCGUCUUACACUUAGGGAGGGACUCCAUCAAAUGUUUCAAGGUGUUGAGGAUCCUACUAAACCUGACACGUAUAACGGGUAUAUGAGAUCACUAAAGACUAUGCUGAACAUGAUGAGUGCUCAGGCUACUGGAGUUCCUACAGGAAACCACGGUCUUUUUCACAGGUUUGGUAUAGAAUCCGUAACCCUUGAAGGUGUGUACACCAGGAAGAAAGGAAGAAUGAAAUCUGAUUUUUAUACACUUGGCAGGAUCCUGGAGGGUACAUACAGGAGCUUAAACAACCUCUUGGAGAGAUUCCAUCAAAGUUUUUUCUUCUAUAUUCUCUGCAGUGGUAGUAGGUACAUAUCUAUUGGAUUGUAUAUGCCCAUGUUUGGAUUACUGGCUGCUGGGUUUCUAUUUACCACCUUGGGUCUCUGGUUUAAACUGCUGGCGGAACAGAACGACAAUAAGAGUCCUGAUAAUUCUGAAGUUCCGGUUCCUUGGCUCCUUCCUCCAAACUUCUCCAAGGUUCUCCCAAUAUUCUUUUGCGCACACGCGCUUGGACUCUUUGCUUAUUACCUGCCUAAAUUUGGCGCGCUCUUCGGAGCAAUGUUUGAGAUUGGACCAGAAGAGUCGAUUCCGAUCAGCUUGGGAUCAUUUUCUGUGCUGGUUCUUCUCCUUCCAUUCUUGAGCCGACCUAAACUGUGUUUACCGGAAGGAACACAGGAAGUAACAAAAUGUUUGCUCUGCCUGGAGCUAGCUGCACUAGCAGGUUGUACCUCCCUUGUAAAUAUAUCUCUAGCAACCCUGGUUACUAUCCUCUACCUACCUCUUACUCUACUCGCUUCAACUACAAAAGGAUUGAAGAAGCUGGUUCUGUUCCUGAUUUGUUUAAGCCAGCAUCCCCUGAUCCUAUCAGGGAUUAUAUCCACGAUAGAUACUAUCAGAACCUUUCCUGAUGUAGGGGCGUAUAAGCUAGUUAUCAGAUCCCUGGAGGCAUGGCGUCGAAGUAUCCUGUACAGUAUUGUAGACAGCUGUAUUUAUGGAAAUGUACUCUUUGACCUCGGUGCUGUAUUCCUCCUCCCUUGUUGGAUAAUCAUCUAUCUAUUAAUCUGCGGAAGGGCGGAGGAGGAGAAAAAGAAGAAGGAAUAAACUCCGCGUGUGAUAUUUAUUGUAGCAUUUAAUAUUUUCAAAUUCAUUUUAAAGUAAUGUUGAUUUUCUUUAUUUAUUAUUUUGUACCUGGCUUUUGAUGCAUCUUGAUGCAUCAAGAAACUGCAUCAUUAUAUCUAAACCUUCUUUAAUUACAAACCGUCACAAAUCUUAAUUAUUAUAGUGCUGUGAUUACCUUCUGUUCUGUUAUAUUUGUUUCCGGAUUAAAAAAACAAAAACAAAAAACAAAAAAAACAUUCCUUGAUGUAUUUUCUUUGUCAAUUUAUUUAAAUGACGAAUUAAUGACAAUGUUCAGGGAUUCAUAAUUUUAUUGUCCUGUCAAAAAUAUUCUGCUUAACAUCCAUUUAAACUCAUUAGGUCGAAAAUGUUGCCCAUUUUAAAAUAGUUUUUUUUAUUUUACAAGAAGUUAUCACUGUGUUUAUCCGAUAAAUUGCAGAUUUAUUUGAUAAAAAAGAAACCCUGAAAAGCUAAUGUUGUUUGUAUCUUGUAUUUCCUGUUUAAAGGGACUAAACUCGUAAUUUUAAGUGACGCUCCAUACAAAGAUAGCAAUGCACGAUUUACAACGGUUUCUUAAAAGCUCUUUCUAAUCAAGUAUGAAUUAGAUAUCCAUGUUUUUGUUUCCUCAAACCGUAGUUUCUUUUACGGGUUCUCUGCGAAAGUAACUUGCGCAUUUCUUUAAAAAGCAAUGGAGAAAUUAUCAGAAUAAAUCACUUUUUGAGUCAGUUGAAAAAAACAACGGUAUCUUAUAUAUUUUUACCCGAUAAAGUUGUCAAGUGUACUGUUGUGAAUCGGGCAUUGCCUUUUUUUCUCGAGUUAAAUAAUACCUUAAUGAAUUGUGUUUCAG